AUGAUCCGAGAUCCCGGUGGUACAUCGCCAAACGAACAUCAAGACUCGCCACCUUCACCUAAAUACGAUCGAAUAUUGGGACGUCCGCCACCUAUGGAUGAGACGGAAAUACCGCUGGACAUGACUGUCAGGCGGAAGGAUUCGUCCGACGGUCAGGGAUCGCCCACAGGGAACGAUCAGUCGCGCGAUAUACCGAUCAAUCUGAAUGUGCGCCCGAGUGUCAUAACAAAGGCACCGCCACCACCAAUAAAGAAGCGCAUUAGUCACAUGCACACGAAUGGUGAAAUCGUGCUUAAGAGUAGUGUUAGGACGACCACCGCGACUACCACCGUCGAAUCGGCCCCGAUCGUGAACGUUUCAUCCACGUACUGUGAUGUAUCGAUCGAGGAACAUUUUCGCCGUUCGCUCGGUCCGACCUACAGCUCCAUUUACGGUGACAAGCAGCAGCUACAGCAGCUGCAACUGCAACAGCAGCAGUCAUCGGCACUGAAUGUUUUGAACAACAACGCCACCAUUGGUGGGCAAGGAUCACCAGUGCAUCAUCAUGCCACACAGCAUAAAGUGCAUCCACUGCCGAUACCGCUGCUGUUGCAAAAGCACACGAUGGAAACGGGAGACUCGUUACCGCUGACCGGACCGGCAGUUGGUACAGGUGGUGGUGGCGGUGGGAUGCGGAAUCACAGUAGCAGCAGUAUUAGCUCCAGCUCGUCCGUCAGCUCAAACAGUAGCAUAUCCAGCAACCUCAGCAACACUAGCGGCAUUAGUAGCAGCAGCAGCAAUAAUAACAUCAGUAUCAGACCGACCGGCCCGAUCGGUGGCGUCGGUGGAAUACGUGUGGUUGCGCCGGACACGAUCGAGCUGAAGCUCUCGAGUGAUCCCGCACCCCCAGUACCGCUCGUACCGGCUACCGUCCUGCCACCGUCGCCCGGUGCACCCUCAUCGGCUGCCAGUGUGGCGAUUGCGCUCACAUCACCGAAACACCUGCAUCAGCAACCACCACCGGCCAUCUCACCGGCCUCACUCACCACCACGAUGUCACUUUCGUCCUCGUCGCCAUCUUCCUCGUUAGCAUCUUCACCGGCUCCGUUUCUUGCAACGCAGCAGCAACAGAAGAGGCCCGACUCCGGCGAAGAGGUCGAUGAUCAUUUCGCGAAAGCGCUCGGUGAUACGUGGAAGAAAAUUCAGGAGAGUAAUAUGAAUUUGUGA